AGUUAGACAUUAUGAUCUUCCGGACCUUUGCUUCAAGAAAUUUUCUCUAACUGGAUCUCUUUAAAUUUUAGUUGAAUACCCCUGCUCUAUAGUGUUUCCCCCUUUUCUCUCUGCUCCCCUCCUGUUCGCCUCCUCCCCUGUGUUGCAUGAUCGCCAGAGCCAACCUGCCUGCCUUAUCUCCAGCUCACUGGAUCACAGGCUCAGUCUCAGCCAGCACCAAGCUUGUUACCUGCCUGCCUCUGCACUUUAUUAAAAUACUUUUUUGCUCAAUCACAAACCAAUCCAUCUAUGUGUCAGCUUUUGGGUCCAGAUCAAAAACAAACCCUCUCAGUUACAAUGGAAUCGAUCUGAUUGUUUUAGUUAAGUCUGGAUGGGUUUGUAGUUGAACCUGGCUGACCUGUCUCUGUGUGUCUGUCAUUUAUCCCCCAGGUGGUGGUGCAGAAGUGGAUCAUGGCACCGCAGUCAGGAGACACCACCAGCCUCUUGGGAAGAAAAAGCUGAAGGUGGUUCAACUGUCCAAGCUGAUCAGUGUUGUCAGACUGCCUUCAAACGCUGAGGCCUGCCCCAUGGAGAACAUGUCUGCAUUUUGUGUGGAAACACAGGAUAGAACAUUGGUGUUUGCUGCACUCAAAGACGACUGUGUGGACUGGGUCAAAAAACUGUGUCACAGCAUGUUUCAGGGAGGAGGUCGCUCAGGCUCAAAUCAGCUUCAUUUGGAGGAGAACCAGAUAUAUGCCUCAUCAGAUGAAGAAUUCUGGGUUAUAGUUCAGAGGACGGAUGCAGCAACACGUUGUGGUCUACAGGGGUUCGCCUGGCUGCAGGUGGGACAGGAGGCACUGCAGCUGAGAGAAACACAGAGAAAGAAACUUGUCAGGGAGUGGCCUUAUGAACUGCUGAGACGAUAUGGAAAAGAUAAGCUGGCUUUAACCAUUGAAGCAGGGAGACGCUGUGACUCUGGUCCUGGAACAUUCACCUUCGAGACACCGCAGGCUGAGAAAAUAUUUUUCCUGAUCCAGAGCACCAUCAACCGAAAGACUUUAGCUAUUACAACAGGUAACCAAAAUCAAGAGGGUAAGAGAGUUAUCACAACAUACAAACAGACCAAUUCCCCUCUCCCCAAAAUACCUGAUAUGACCGGUAUGGCUAUUGUGGAGAGGGACCUGAGGACAGAGGAGGGGAAAUGUGGAGCUUCUGAAGAGAGUAUUCGUAUUCAAGGAGAACUGGUUUCACAAUCAGAAUGUGUAUCAGCACAGCCAGCUCCUAUCACUCUCAUGCCUCUGCCAUUGGUUCCCACAAAUGACAGCCACUCUGGAGGUCAUCAAAGUUGCCAAUCAGACCCUGUAUAUGCUAACCCAGCAGAAUGCAUUCAGUCUGUAUCAAAACUACAACUGUCCUUGGCUCUGUAUGUGGACCCUGCAGUUGUUCUUCCACUCAAACCCCCCACUUCAAGAGCAACUGUUGCUCCCCUUCCUAGCUCCUCAACGUCACAUCCUUGCUUUGACACGGACUACCCAGAUUCAGUCUACUCAGAGGUUUAUGACAGAGUUGGUCCAGUCCAGAGUAAACAUCUCAUCUUCCACAGCAAAGAAAAAACUAAGUGUUUUACAGAUGAUGACCCCAUUUAUACUGAGCCUUUGAAUGAGAAGGAGAAGGUCUUCCAUAAUACUGAAAACACACAUGACCCAUUUGCCCACCUGUAUGCUCAAGUCUGCAAGUCAUCUUGUCCCUCAACAUCCUCUAACACCACCCCUCCCUGCUCUGCUCCCUCUUUUUCUGUUUCUGGCAACACAUCAGAAACAAAUGACAUGGACCAGUCAAUUGAUGAUGUCAUCAUUUAGGUUAUCAUUUUCUGACUUAAUAUUAACAUAUCAAAAAAUGUCAUGAUAAGUGAGUGACAUGACAUGUCCUUACUGGUCUUAUCAUUAUCAUUCUCAUUAAGUGACCAUAACCUUUUCUGUUUUUGUGAUAACAAUUAUAUUAGCAGACCUCUUGUAAUGGUAAUGCUACAUUUACAGAUUUUAAGAAAUGCACAAAGAUGAUAACACAUCCUGAGUAAACAAAGACAAUUUACAAAUAUUUUGUGAAAAAAAGUACAUAUCAUAUUUAAGCUGACUGAAAUUCUAACACAUGAUUUUAUGUUACAUUUAUUACAUGUUACACAUGCAACAAAAUUGUUGUUUUUAAAGUUAAUACAUGUAUAGCUGUUUGUAAAUAAAGGAAACCAAAGAGG